UGGUGGCUUUUGUUAGCAGCUUUUGUCUCCUGGUUAUUCACAGUGAGCAGUAAUCCAGACAAGCAGGAAACCUGAUCUGCAAACUAGCGAGUCCCCUCCCUGUUUCUCUUCCUUCUCAUACCUGCAGCGCAAACAGCAAAACACAACCUGCUGUAUUUACAACCAAAGGAUUCUCUGCUCGACUAAACUGCUCAGCAGUGGAUUUUGCUGGUGUCUUUGACAUUGUGGUUCAUUUUGAAUUCAUGCCUUGGAUUUGUUUUUUGGCAACAUGCGGACACAGCUUGUUGGUUUGUGUUUGGCAAUCAUCGGCUUCCUUGGCACCAUCCUCAUCUGCUGUCUGCCCAUGUGGAAGGUGACAGCCUUUGUUGGGGCAAACAUCAUCACCUCUCAGGUCUUCUGGGAAGGUUUGUGGAUGAACUGUGUGAUCCAGAGCACAGGCCACUUACAGUGUAAAGCCUAUGACUCCGUUCUGGCUCUACCACAGGAACUGCAGGCCUCCAGGGCUCUGAUUUGUGUGUCCAUCGCUGUCAGCGUGGUGGCCAUUGGGCUCACCGUGGUCGGGGCCCGCUGCACCAACUUCUUUUCGGACGACUGGCUGACUAAAGCCAACAUCGGCGUAUCGGGGGCUGUGGUCUUCAUAAUAGCAGGGCUCCUGUGUAUAAUUCCUGUCAGCUGGUCAGCCCACAGCAUCAUCACAGGUUUCUACAACCCACUGGCCACCAGUGAAAGGAGGGGGGAGCUCGGGGCCUCCAUAUAUGUGGGCUGGACGUCUGGAGCUCUGCUCGUCAUUGGAGGAGGAAUAUUGUGCAGCAUCUACAGGUGCAGAACAUGAAGAACAUGAUGCCACCCAUCAAAUACACAUUGAAAACAAACAUGUACAGUUAUGUGUUCACUGUGAUGGACAUCGUUUGAUUUUUCCCAAUUUUAUUCAACCUUUAGUUGCACUAUAGUGAUAUUUUUUCAACAAAUCAGUUUUAAAUUGGUGUACAAUUUUAAUGUGAAUCAAAAUUGUGUUGUGUAUGUUGAAUGAAAAUGACUAGUUGAGCUCAUAGUUGUAUAAUGUGUCACUGCAGGAAAUGAUUUAUGAGUUUAUGUGACUUGUUUAUGUUGCACAAAUGAAUGCUGCAAGAAAAAUCACUUUUUACACACUCCCACACACAGGUUUAUAUCUUU